UGGCCCUUUCGCCUACCGCACUCACUGCUCACAACCACCGAAUCCUUCCCCAAAAUCCCCAAUCCCCCAUCUCUUUCUCCUCCAGCGAGCGAGCGCGGCGGCCAUGUCGGGGCGCGGCAAGGGCGGCAAGGGGCUCGGCAAGGGCGGCGCGAAGAGGCAUCGCAAGGUGCUCCGCGACAACAUCCAGGGCAUCACCAAGCCGGCGAUCCGGAGGCUGGCGAGGAGGGGCGGCGUGAAGCGCAUCUCCGGGCUGAUCUACGAGGAGACCCGCGGCGUGCUCAAGAUCUUCCUCGAGAACGUCAUCCGCGACGCCGUCACCUACACGGAGCACGCCCGCCGCAAGACCGUCACCGCCAUGGACGUCGUCUACGCGCUCAAGCGCCAGGGCCGCACCCUCUACGGCUUCGGCGGCUGAGGUCCGCCGCUGCAUCCGCCUGGCCGUGGGGACAAGUCUUGGCUCGCGGUCAAGAAAUCCGGGAGGAUAUCUCCAAUUGAUCUGGGUCUCAGUUAGUAGUAGUAGCAGUAGUUUGUGUUGGCAUCGUUCUUGUGCCUGGGGCAAGUUUGCUUUCGUGUUCUGAACUUGUGCUGUGUAAAUCCGUAUGGUGUUUUAGCUAUUAACAAAGUUGGGUCAUUCGCUGCAAACCUCAUGCUUCUAGUUAUUGUUGUUCAUAUGAGCUAGUAUAAAACUGCUAGUUUUGUCUUGUGCAAAUCUCA